AGCACCAGCCAGAGACGUCCCACAGCGGGAGAGAGGAGACUCAUCACCCGGAAGGAAGAGAGAAACACAUCUCGGAUCAUUUUUUUCUAGCCAGAAUUGUUUACCUUUUCCCGCCAUCGGCCCAAUAUUUUUCCUGCAUUUAGUUUAUUGAUUUAUAGACCAAUACCCAGUGAUUUUUCACCAUCCACCUGCGAGCCCAGGCUGCAUCCGUCCUCCUCUCCAGCGGCUGUGUGUCUCCAGUCCUGCCCGCCCGGUGUGUUGGAUGUGUCGGCCGAGUGCAGCGGUGCUCGCGGUGCUCGCGGUGCUCGCCGCCUGCGUCUGCGGCGCGGCAGCGGCAGCGGCAGGGAGACGCCAGCCGCUCAAUCACCGCCCGGUCAUAGGUGUGUUGGCACAAGAAAACCUCCCAGACGACCAAUUCGCCCGUGGCUCCUCGUACAUCGCUGCGUCCUAUGUCAAAUACCUGGAGGGAGCCGGGGCCAGGGUUGUACCCAUACGAAUAAAUCGCACGGAACAAGAAUACACCAACAUCUUCUACUCAAUAAAUGGGUUGUUGCUGCCGGGGGGAGAUGUAGAUCUUCAAACAUCGCAGUUCAGCCGGGCAGCCAAGAUCUUCUACGACUUGUCACUGAAGGCCAAUGAUGCCGGGGACUACUUCCCCAUCUGGGGAACGUGUCAGGGCUUCCAGCAGCUGUCCGUCCUCACAGCCAACAAAAACCUGCUAACCCUCACUGAUACCAAGGCCGUGGCUCUACCUCUCACUCUCACACCAGCGGCCCAGUCCAGCCGUCUCUUCCGAAGUUUCCCUAAGGAUCUUCUGCAGUCUCUGGCCGAGGAAAACAUCACAUCCAACUUCCACAGAUGGAGUCUGUCCGUGCAGAACUACAGCCGGAACGCCAAGCUCAAGAGGUUUUACAAGGUCCUGUCUACUAACAACGAUGGGAAGAAAGAAUUCAUCUCUACAAUGGAAGCCUACCGUUACCCCUUCUAUGCAGUGCAGUGGCAUCCAGAGAAGAGCCCCUUCGAGUGGAUAGAUAAGCCGGGCAUGGUUCACUCCACCACUGCUGUAAGAGCCUCCUUCUACACCGCCAGCUUCUUCGUCUCCGAAGCCAUGAAGAACCAGCACCAUUUCUCCAGUGCUGGGGAGGAAGAGCGAGCUCUCAUCUAUAACUUCUCUCCCGUCUACAGAGGCACGGACGCCAUCUUUGUUCAGAACUAUUACUUUUGAUUGAUGGACAACAUACCGACGACCAAAAAUUCUCAUUAGUAUCAUCAUCUUGGCCGACCUUUAAAACCCAACUUUAUGCUGUCGUCACUUACAAUAGACAUUGAGUCAGUUAUUAGACGUUUAGCUUGGCUAAUUUGCCCCUGUCAUUUGGAAUGCAGUGUGAACAGCACAGUUAGGAGAUGCAGC